CGUUACCGUCAGUCGCAGCUAGAUAGCGCCCACACAUAAAGCAAAAGCCUUUUAGAGCUCACCACUCCCAAAUCCGACUCUCAAUUUUCGAGCCUGAGGGGUUUCUUUUUUUUUGUUUCCUCUCGUCUCUUCUUCAAAAUCGAUUUUCUACAUUAGAAAAAUCUCCUCAUCGGUCUCAUUUCCCGGUGAUAAAUCUCUCCCGGCGUCGACUGCAUUGUACCGGAAAAAAACUGCUCCGAUCUCGGAUUCUCCGCGAUUGUCGUCUUUUGUCUCAGGUAAAGAGAGAUUUUGUGUUGGGAGUAAAGAUCGCAUGAAUGCUGGAAAUGGAAAGAGUUGCUGAGCUCAAGAGACUUCCUAGUAAAGGUCCUGUCUCUGCUCACUUGUCAAGAAGACAAUACUUAGACUUGGAAAAUAGAGAUUCUUCUGGUAUGCAUAUGGAGUCUUUGAGGGAACGUGCUGCUCGAUACAACACGGGAAGACCAGUGAAUCCAACUACGACAUUGGGGAGAGAGCUAAGCCAAGUUCUGAAUGUGCACAGAGAAGAGAUGAUGAUGGGUCAUUUCGGUGGUAACCUGAAUGAUUUUCAGGAGUUUGAGCCUGUGGUAACCUCCGUUAGAUCGAUGAAAGCAAAGUAUCCUUUGCUGGAGAUUGAAGAAAUCGUGGCUGCUGAUGACGAUGUUACUUGUAAAGGAAGCAACGAUAUGUCCGAGGAAGCUGGUUCUAGCUCCUUCCGUGGGGUUAGUCAUCCUCCGGAGCCUGACGACAUGGAUCUCAUAACAACUGUUUAUGUUCCCAUCAGCGAGAAGAACAAGCCUGAUUCGGUUUGCUUGAUGAAGAGCAUGUCUGUUACUAAAGGACCCUUUCUCGAUGAUCUCUCUCUCUGCGUGCCUCCGAAGAAGCCAAGCCCUGGAAUACUCUCACCCGCAGAGAGCAUAGUCGAGGAGCCUGCUGCAUCGCUCUCUCCGUUUUCUCUGGCUCGUGCAUCGCAGAACACAGAUAACUCUCUGUUACCGCAAGAUUCAGACAAGGAAUGUGUUUGGGAUGCUUCUCUGCCUCCAAGCACCAAUGUGAGCCCACACAGCAGUAGUGUCGAGAGCAUGAAUUUCGCCAGGGCUAUGAGUAUUGCUAAUAGCUCUUCCGCAACGAGUUCUACGCAGCGGAGCGAUGUUGUGCUCAGUAUGGACAAGAACUACAGUAUGGUGUUGGAUUCGUUUGAAAGCGCCAAGACGAGUGCGAGCAGAGCGAGCGAUAGUAGCGGCCUGAGCGAAGAGAGCAGCUGGAGCAAUUUCACGGGAAGCCUGAAUAAGCCACACAAAGGGAAUGAUCCAAGGUGGAAUGCUAUUUUGGCUAUCAGGACUCGAGAUGGGAUCUUAGGGAUGAGCCACUUCAAGUUGCUGAAACGUUUAGGCUGUGGCGAUAUCGGGAGUGUCUAUCUUGCUGAGCUAAGCGGGACUCGGUGUCAUUUCGCUGUGAAAGUGAUGGAUAAAGCUUCUCUUGAGAACCGGAAGAAGCUGAAUCGAGCUCAGACCGAGAGGGAGAUUCUACAGCUGUUGGAUCAUCCGUUUCUACCGACGUUGUACACUCAUUUCGAGACAGACAGGUUCUCGUGUUUGGUCAUGGAGUACUGCCCUGGAGGUGAUCUGCACACUUUAAGGCAACGUCAGCCCGGGAAGCAUUUCUCUGAGUACGCUGCUCGAUUUUACGCCGCAGAGGUGUUGCUAGCGCUCGAGUAUCUCCAUAUGCUCGGCGUUGUUUACAGAGACUUGAAACCUGAGAAUGUUCUGGUUCGAGAUGACGGUCACAUAAUGCUUUCCGACUUUGAUCUCUCCCUGAGAUGCGCGGUUUCUCCAACGCUGAUCAAAACAUUCGACUCCGAUCCAUCUAGACGAGGCGCCUUCUGCGUUCAACCGGCUUGUAUGGAGCCUACAUCGGCUUGCAUCAUCCAGCCUUCAUGCUUCUUACCUCGGGGAAUCUUCGCUAACAAAAACAAGAAGAGCAAGACACGUAAAAACCAGACUGAUUUCUUCAAGUCACACUCGGGUUCUCUCCCUGAGCUAGUAGCUGAGCCUAACACAAGGUCCAUGUCCUUUGUUGGAACACACGAGUACUUAGCUCCAGAGAUCAUCAAAGGAGAAGGACACGGAAGCGCAGUGGAUUGGUGGACUUUUGGUAUCUUCGUGCACGAGCUCCUGUACGGGAAAACGCCGUUCAAAGGAUCAGGGAACCGAGCCACUCUGUUCAACGUGGUCGGAGAACAGCUGAAGUUCCCUGAGUCACCGGCGACUAGCUACGCAGGGAGGGACUUGAUUCAGGCAUUACUGGUGAAAGAUCCGAAGAACAGGUUAGGGACGAAGAGAGGAGCAACGGAGAUAAAGCAGCAUCCGUUCUUUGAAGGCGUGAAUUGGGCCUUGAUAAGGUGUAGUACUCCUCCUGAAGUACCGAGACAAAUGGAGACCGAACCGCCUCCAAAGUACGGACCGAUUGAUCCGGUUGGGUUUGGUAGUAAUAGCAAGAGAAUGAUGGGACCACCACCAGUAUCAGCAGCAGCAGCAGCAGCAGCAGCAGCAGCAGCAGAUGCGAAAUCUGGUGGUAAAUUUCUAGACUUCGAGUUUUUCUAAAGCUUGUUCUUCUUCCUCUCAAGAGUUUGUAUUUGGUCGCCUAAAUUAGCAUUUUUAGUCUUUUUUAUUAUGUCGCUAUAUAUUUGUGUAACCGAGUCUCAAGGCCUUAAUAGAUCAGGAGUGGGGGUUUAUUUUCUCAUAGUAACUUAGGUUAUUUCUUUCUUUUUUUUGUAUGGGAGGUUAAAAUCUUGUUCCAUGGAACCAAAACUUUUGUAAGGACAUGGAAAGCUCCAAGUCGGAAUUAUUUAAGAAAAUCUCCCUCCUUGGUACUUACUGUUGGGUUUGUCGGCAUCUUUUUUUCUUUUCUACCCAAAUAGAUCGUAAUGACUCACUGCCAUGUUUUGGUGGUCCCAAAAGC